ACAAACGAAGAAGACAGGAAAUCAUUCCAUUGGCUUCAAUGCGUAGGCUAAUGACGUCAUUAAUUUUUGUUCGGUGCUUCUAUCGCUCACGAUGUUUUCCCCAACGCAAUGUGAGCAGACCUGAUCCCUUUGCAACCUUUUGAAGUGUUGAAAGGAAGCGGGGAAUCUGCUCGUUGGAGCUGAGUGGCGAUCCCGCGCCAGGGUUCCAGAGCCGAGGGACUGAAAGGAGCUGCCUGCCCUGUGGGCUUCACUUCCGUCGAUCAUGGACGAGGAGAGCUCGUCCUCUGAGGAGGACGUCUCGUCGAUGGUACUCUCCGAUCCCUAUCACCGCAAGUACGCGGCUCUGAAGCGGCGAUGUCAGAUCGUGAAGCAGGAGAACCGGCGGCUGGUGAGCCGCGUGUACCACGUGCAGCGGCUGGUGCGCCGGUGUCGGCGCGAGUGCCGGCUGGUCACCGACCGGCUGGACCAGCACGGCGACGACUACCGGGCGGCGGCGCUGCGGGCGCCCGCUCCGGCGCCGCCGCCGCCUGAGCGGGCUGACGAGCCGUCGGAACCGAACCCGAAGGCGCGCCUGAAGGCAGAAAAGAAGGCGAAGAAGAAGCUGAAUGAGCCGAAGAAGCCGUCCAACCCGUUCUUCCAGUACUGCCAGGAGCAGCGCUCUCAGCUGCUCUCCCAGAUGAAGAACUCUGGCGGUCUCAGCAAACAGGGCUUGACAAAGCAGCUGGCUGCCAAUUGGAGUCUCAUGUCUUCCGACGAAAAACAGAUAUACGUGGACCGGUACGAGCGCGACAAGCGGCAGUAUACGCUCGUCAUGCAGUCGCACCGGAAGGCACGCAGCCGGCCGGCCGGCGGCCGCGCCCUGCUGAGGUGGGGACGGUGAGGCCCUCG